AUGUUUCCGCCAACUGGCACAAUGACACCUGAAGUCCUGCAGAAGUUAUGGUUACAGAUGGCGCUCAAUCUGCAGUCGGGAGGAGCGGCCGGUCUCCCGGGAAUGCCCACAACUCCCACGACUGUUGCAGGUCUUUUCCCGAGUGCGGCGAGUCUCUCAAUGCCGGUCAAUCCGGGCAGUCCCACAACGAGCAAUCUCAACAGUGAUCAGGUAGCAAAGAUGUGCGAACAGUUGGAAGCAUCGGAAGAUGUUGAUCGAUUGGCUCGUUUCCUUUUCUCUCUACCGCCCCUCCUUAUUCAAGAGCUUCAAUCUAAUGAGGCUUAUCUCCGCGCCAAGUGCCUCAUAUGUUUCCAUAUGGGUGAUUUCCGGAAUAUGUAUGCGAUCAUGGAAAAUCACAAAUUCAAUCCAAUCUACCAUGGGAAAUUGCAAUCGAUGUGGCAAGAAGCGCACUAUCAAGAAGCUGAAAAGUUGAGAGGAAGACCCCUCGGUCCAGUGGAUAAAUACCGUGUGCGCAAGAAGUACCCAAUGCCGAGAACGAUCUGGGAUGGAGAACAGAAAACUCACUGCUUUAAGGAACGUACUCGAACCCUUUUGAGAGAAUCUUAUCUGAAAGAUGCUUAUCCAUCUCCAUCAAAGAAAAAGGAGCUAGCCAAUGCGACUGGUCUAACUCCGAUGCAAGUCGGGAAUUGGUUCAAGAAUCGAAGGCAAAGAGAUCGAGCGGCUGUCGCGAAGAACAAGAACAAUCUCAUCGGCAUCGAGCUGAAGAAAGCCGGCGGAUUGGGACUCGAAUCCGACUCCGACGGUGAUGACAGCUUUAUGGAUGAGUGCAACACUGAUAGCCCGUCACCCCACGAUGAACCAAAGGACCUCUCCUCCACCCCCUCCCGACCGGGUCUCACUCCAUCGAGUCUCCAUCCUCUUCUGAUGUUCAACCCGGGUCUUCUCUCCCAAUUGGGUAUCGGUCUUCCCGGCCUAACUGGCUUACCCGGUCUACCCGGUUUACCCGGUCUUUCUCCAUUUGCCCAUCUCGCCUCUUUCAAUCCCUUCUUGGCUCAUCUAGCCACCCCACAGACUCCUCCAUCACCCACAAUGCCUUCACCAGCUCCUCCUAAGCGAAAGGGUCUCGGGAUGAGCAUUGAUGCGAUUUUGGGGAAUCUCAAAGCCGAAGCGGAAGAGAAAACCGAAGUUGGUUCCCCAUCGGAUUCUCCGUCAAAAGAUGAGGCAGAUUGCUCAAAAGGAUCCGAAUCAGCCACAGACACCGUUUCACCGGUCUCAUUAAAAAUGGCAAAGAAAGACCGAGACAGUGAUGAGGACGCAAAAACAGAGACAACCGAUAGUGAAGAUCCGCAUAAUCUCUCGGUU